UUAAAGAAAACAGUCUGGAUGACUGAGCGAAGCGACGCACCAAGGGAUGUUUCUGGGCACCGCAGCUCCUAAACCUGGCGCUCCAAGUCACGAUCCCUUGUCAGUUAAAGUCAGGUUACUAAACUCCUGAGGUGGCUUUGAAGAAAAGCAGCUGAGGACAGCAGUCAUUCAGAGAAGGGAAAAGUAAAGGUGGGAGGAGCCGCCCCCCCCCCAGCCGCCUAUAGUCAGCGCUCUCAGACCGGAGCUGUAACUGGCGGGAGUCGGAGGGUCGAGACGCUGACAGCGCAGGACAGCUGGAGUCUGGUGUAACGGGCGUUUGCAGACCAAAACAAACAGAAAGUUUACCUAUUGGAAGUACCGGAGGACUUGGAACCAAUCCGGAGAGCUGCACUUACAGGACGCAAAGACACUUGGUUUGGUUGUAGUUUGCGAGUCCCCCCAUCAUUUGGAUACGGAAACAUCAGUUUGGGGUUCUUGUUGAGAACCCCCCCCUCACUUUAUCUUCGAAAGUUCGGAGCAUCACAAAUCGUCCUUCAUGAAGCCCCGGUGUGGUUAUAAUGAAGAGGAGGAAGCUGAAGAAACUCCGGCUGCCAUGGAAAGCUAAAAUGCAGACUUUAAUCCAGGAAUGGGGUGAAGAGGUUGAAGAAGGAGCUGUAUAUAAUGUUACCCUCAAAAAGGUCCAGAUUCAGCAGGCUGCAAACAAGGGCGCUCGAUGGCUGGGGGUUGAUGGAGAUGGUUUACCACCAGAGCACACUGUUAGUCAGUAUGAGACGUGUAAAAUUAGGACCAUCAAAGCUGGAACUUUGGAGAAGCUAGUGGAAAACUUGCUGACAGCUUUUGGAGAUAAUGACUUCACUUACAUAAGCAUCUUUCUUGCUACUUACAGAGCUUUUGCCUCAACCAAGGAUGUGCUCGAGUUACUGUUAAACACAUUUGGAAGUCAAGAUGCCUUGAGCUGUGAUAGCAGAGAUGACCACAACAUGUCAGAGUCAAAGAAUGUGCUCAGAAAUGCAAUCGCUUCAAUCCUGAGGGCUUGGCUUGAUCAGUGUUCUGAAGAUUUCAGGGACCCACCAGAUUAUCCAUGCCUCCAGAAAUUACUGAAAUAUCUGAAGCAAACUAUGCCAGGAACAGACCCAGAGCGGCGAGCCCAAAGCCUUCUCGAACAGUUCCAAAAGCAAGAAGGCACAGAUGUGGACAACUGCACGCUUUUCUUGAGUAACAUCACUCCCGCUCAAGUUGAUGAUGUGGAGGUCGAUGGUGCGGAAGGUUUUUUCCAGUUUUCAGAAAGUCAAGUGGCUGAACAGUUAACGUUCAUGGAUGCGGAACUCUUCAAAAGAGUUAUACCCCACCAUUGUCUGGGCUGCAUCUGGUCACGGAGAGACAAAAAAGAGAACAAGCACUUGGCACCCACCAUUCGAGCCACCAUAACCCAGUUUAAUGCACUUACAAAAUGUGUUGUCAGCACAAUUUUGAAGGACAAAGAUCUGAAGUCCCAUUCAAGAGCAAAGAUUAUUGAGAAGUGGAUCAACAUAGCUCACGAAUGUAGGCUGAUGAAGAACUUCUCUUCCCUGAAAGCCAUUGUAUCAGCACUGCAAUCCAACCCUAUUUAUCGACUGAAAACAACAUGGGCUUCUGUCCAAAAGGACAACAUGUUGACAUUUGAAGAACUCUCAGACAUUUUCUCUGAUCAUAACAACUAUGUGACUAGCCGAGAACUGCUAAUGAAAGAAGGCACAUCAAAGUUUGCUAAUCUUGACAGCUGUGUUAAAGAAAACCAGAAGAGAACCCAGAAGCGGUUACAGCUGCAGAAAGAUAUGGGUGUGAUGCAAGGCACAGUCCCAUACCUUGGAACGUUUCUCACCGACCUGACAAUGCUUGACACCGCCCUCUCAGAUUACUUAGAGGGUGGUUUAAUAAAUUUUGAAAAAAGAAGGCGGGAGUUUGAAGUUAUUGCUCAAAUCAAGCUGUUGCAGUCUGCGUGCAACAGCUACUGCAUCACUCCCGAACCCAAGUUCAUUAGGUGGUUCCAAGGACAACAGCACUUUACAGAUGAAGAAAGUUAUAACAUCUCGUGUGAGAUUGAAUCUGCUGCGGAUAUAAGUCCCACGUCUCCAAAGCCACGGAAGAGCAUGGUGAAGCGACUCAGUUUGCUAUUCUUGGGAUCUGAUGUUAUUGUGAAUAGCACUCCAACCAAAGAACAGCCCAAGUCUCCUCCAGCUGGGAGCUCAGGAGAAAGUAUGGACUCUGUGAGUGUUUCCUCUUCUGACUCCAACCACUCAGAACUGGAAGAAACCGCUACCUCUCCUUUAGAUACAACCGAUGGAUCUCAAAAAAAGCUAUCUGAGUCUUCCUCCUCUUGUUCAUCUAUUCAUUCCAUGGACACAUCGUCUUCAGGAGUGUCGUCUGCAGUCAGUACAAUCUCUGCAUCGCCUUCCUUUUCCCACAAUCCAAAGGUCCACAAGCGCUCCAUUUCUGUCACUUCCUCCUCAUCGACGGUUACUCUGUCACUUCCUGUUUACAACCAGCAGAAUGAGGACACCUGUAUUAUCAGAGUUAGUGUGGAAGACAACAAUGGAAACAUGUACAAAAGCAUUCUGAAUUAGUCAUCCCAGACAAUGCCAAUGUUUUUUAUGCCAUGAACAGCUCUGCAAACUUUGACUUCAUUUUAAGAAAGAAGGCAACACUGUGCUGUGAAGUGAAAUUACGAAAUCGGUCUAGUGCAACACUGCCCAGAACUGCUAAAAAAGGGACCCUGUCCCACAGACUUAGCAAAGUCACACUGUAACAUGAUUUGAGCCGGCAUGCAGAACACGGACUUUCAUUUGGGAGUGAAGGUUUAUAUACAGAGCUCAGUAUUACAGAUUUACAGAUGAUAAAGCAAGCAGUAUUCCUGUCUAAGAACUUCACAAGUUGAACUUUGUCUAGUGAUGCCUGGAUGGUUUAGGCCUUCUUAGAGUUUUGCACAACUGCCUGAAGAAAAGGACAUUUAUUUUUGUAUAUAUUAAUUAUAUUAAUUGUACACAUUAAUGACUUAUUUUUUCAAAGCGUUCUAAUUGUUUGGAACAAUUUGAUUUCUUCACUGUGCCAGUAUUAUUAACAUUAUGUAAAAUAUCAAUUCACCUGAUUUCUGGGUUAUAAUACUUGACCUGGAAUAUAUAUAUAUAUAUAUAUAUAUGUAUAUAUAAAUAUUUUUUUUAUUUUUGAACAGCUCUGAAAAUGCAAUCCAUUGUCUUUUAAGAUAAUCUGUAAUAGGCAAAGGAGUCCUUCUGUCUGUCUCUCUCUCUUCACCAGCUAAAUGAAAAAUGCUUGAAAGAAGCAUUUGGAGUGGCUGGCAUGUCUCUUACUACCCCAUCUCUCAGCACAUUUACUUACUACUUUCUUCUUGGGAUCAGAUUGUUCACCUUGCUUUCAGAGUAACCUGAAAUCAGCAAGGUCUGGCUUAACAGACAAGAAGCGAGAAAAACUGAAGACUCAAGAAGCAUGCACUUGUUUUGGAACUAGGAUGAAGGUUCUUGCAUUCCAAAGAACUCUGUCCCUGCUCACUCUUUUUUGUAAAUCUUUACUGAUAUCAUACAUCUAAAAAAAAAAAAAAAAAGUUAAGGAGACAAAAAGAGCAUUUUCCUUGUCUGAAUGCCCUUUCUGUCCCUUUUUUGUACAAAUUUGUAAAUAUAUUUUUUCUGCUGAAACAUUGUCUGUCAGAUGUCUGCUUAGAUAAUCUGUUUAACUGAAAAGCAAUACCAUUUGCAUGUACACUCGCUAGUGUUUAGACCAUACUUUUGAGACACUAAACGACGAUGUACCUCUGGUAUGUACAAUCAUUCCUCAGGUGUCUAUGGCUUCAUUUACUUCACACAUAUACUGCUUGUCUGCCUAUAUCUGUAAAGACAACUGUAUUUUUUUCUCUCCCUCAAAAACUGCCUUCAUUGAAGCAAUAUCAUUUCAGCUAAGAUUGUGACGUAAGUAAUUAGUUUAAUUGAUUUUCUCAUAGUAUACUAAAAAAGUCACAAAAAUGUUCUUCAUAUGUCUCAGAUUUCUCAUUUGUAGUUGCAUUUCGUCCUCCCAUGUGGACUGGCAGACAAGUUAAUAUUCAACUGUGGAAGCACACAUUUGUAUUGCACACAUUUCUAGGUUUAUCCUUUAGGAAGGAGACUUCCAGAACCACUAAAUUGUAACUGCCUUUGUUAUUUAACACUACAGUGCUGUGAACAUUAUGGUACUGGAUAAGCCAUACUUUUAUAAUGAUAUUGUUAAGCAGCUUUGUAGAUAAAGGUGUCCUGUUACUGUUAACUAGCAAAUAAUGCAUCACAGCAUAUUCUUUUUUUUUUGUUUUUUUUGGGAAGAGGCUUUGACUCUACCCUAACCCUUUCCUAAAAACUGCUCAGUAAUACUGCCCUGACAGUGGACCAGGUUAUCUGUGUAAAAGCUUUAGUUGUCUACAGGAGUAAAUGAAUUGAAAAAUGACAAAAAAAAAGCCAUGAAUGUCUUAAACAGUAUUGAGGUUUUGGCAAAUUAUGUUUUUGCACUAUGUACAGAAAAUAAGACCACAGUUAAAGGCAGUGUUAAAGCACUUUAAAUGUGUAGUGUCUUCCAGCUGAAGUAUUUCUGCUUUCAGAUGUUGGUCUCUGUAUGUGC